AUGUCGUGGCUGGAGGGAUCGCCGAAGCACCAGGGAUCCAAGGCCAAGCCAGCACCGGGAUCGAGUGCAAGAGGUUUGUGGUCGUCCUCUACGACCAGGACGUAUGGAAGCAGCAGGCGACCAACGUCGAGCCUGCGCGGCUCCGCAGCCUCCGGGCCAAAGGCGGGGGGUCUGUUCAGGGGCCACACCCCCGCGGGUGGGGCGGGAGGGGGGCAGUACGGCUUGACCAGAGUGGGGCUAUCGUCUGCCUACGAUGAGGACCCGAAGUCACCUUUGGGUGACGACUCGUUGGCGUCGAGGGCUUCCCCCGAGCUUGAUUCUUCCCCCAUCGUGCUGACGUCGUUCGCCAAACGUGGCUUGGAUCUCGACCUAGAAUCUCCCGGCGACAGCGCUGCCGCUGCGGCCGCUGCCCCCUCCGACCCAAAGGCAGCCGGCAGGAAGGCCAAGAAGACGACCGCGCGUGCCCGGAAAGGCGCUAGUCGAAGUCGAGCUGCGAGGUCGUCCUCUGCUGACCCUACCCCAAAGGGAGAGGCGGGGACACCAGCGAUGGAGGAGGUGGAUGCACCGGCGCCCGCCCCCAAGCGCAAGGUACCCGCCGCCCGCAAGACUCGGGCGGCGAGGCGUGCCGGCGCUGGCGGCGCUGGCGGCGCAAGUGAUUCCGCCGUAAUCUCCGAAAUCUCCGGCACCGGCCAAGAGGAGGGGGUUGUUGCGGAGGGGGGCCGACCACGGGCAUCGUCGUCAUCGCAGCAGAGUGUUCGUCGGGAGCGGUCACCGACGAGGAGGGGAGCCGGGAGGCCGGAGCGGUGGGCCGAUCGUGGUGGCGGCGGGGAGUCGGCGGGGAGGGGGCCUUCCUCUCCCCUGUCGAGUCCGCUGAGGCCAAUCACGAACUACACGUCGGAAGGGGACAGGCCACCGCGCACGAAGGCAAAGGUCGCCGGUGCCAAGACGUGUGCAACCGCUGCCGGAGGCGGGGAGAACUACAGCAGCAACGGCGGUGGCGGCGACGGCAGCAGCAAGAGCAGCAGCUCGGAAGAAGAAGAGGAAUGGCGAGACGACGGCAUGGACUUCACGAGGAGCGCGUCGUUGAACGUCGGCAACGGCAACGGUUUCAGUGUUGAAGAAGAAAACGACAGCGAGCUCGACGACGCCGUGAUCGAUGCGACAGGAGACGACAGCGAUGACCUAGACGAUGUCGUUAUAGACUUAACUUCAUCGUCUACCGACGUGAUCCCAAGGCCCAAACCGCCGUGCCCGACUACGACAACGGCGGGAAGCGCACCUGCGGUGGCCUCAUCCACAUCCAGCAUACUCAAGCGGGCCGCCCCCGACCCCACGGACUUGAAGGCCCACGCGUCUGCGCCAGCGCUAGCGAUGACCACCAGCCCGGCUUUGGUCGGACUCAGCAGACGGCCGCGCCGCGAGGCCCAGAGGGUCACCCACGGGGAGAAGAGGGCGCCGGCUCUGGCUCAAGCGUCCUCAGUGGAAGAUCUCGCCCGUGGGGGGUGGGGGGACGACAGCCCCCCCGCCAGGCUAUCCCGGUCUUUGUCGUUGUCGCAGACCUCGGCGCCCUCCGCUUGGCACGGGGCCGCCGCCGCCGCCGCCGCCGCUGCCGGCUGCGCCAAGGUCACCCGGUCCUCCCACCGCCGCAGGUCCAGGGCCAACUCGACGUCGUCACCCUUGCCGGUGCUGGAGAUGUCCGCAUCCAUGCCGACCGGCGGCAUCGGUCUUUCUGACGCCACAGCGGUAGCGAGGGAAGACUUCACCGCUCGCAGUUUCGGGUCGGUGGCCUCUCUCAGGCACAGGAGGAGAGGGAGCCUUGGCGGUGGCAGUGGCGGCGGCGGCGACGGCAUCAAACACGCGCGGAGGAAGAGCUCCUGCGAGGUCUCUAGCGGAAGCAACGCGCCGUUGUCCCGCUCCCAUCGCAUGCCCAGUUUCAACCACGGGAACAGCCUACGGAACCCUGGCCGACCGGUCUCUCUUCCGCAGGGAAUCAUGGAGAGGGGAAGCCGCCGCGGCGGGGAAGAGAUUCCGGGAGAGGCGUUGUCGAUCGGCGGCGACGCCGGGUUCGGUUGGGUGUUGCGCUCUCCCGGCGCUCCCCCUGACGACCGCCGCCGGUCGAAAUCGUUCGCGGGCGGCGCGAGGCCGAGCGCGACGCACGCGAGGUCCGACUCGAACCCCGUGCGAUCUUCUGGCGGUGGAGCGGCACAGUACCCCCCUGGUCUCGCCGGUGCCGCUUCCGUCGACAUGUACGGCCUGUCGGGCGAAUGGGCUAGACGGGACUCGGGCGAGCAGGAAUCGGGGAUGUUCGUCGCCGGCGACAAGGACGAGGAGAUGGCUCCCGCGCAGACGCCGCAGGCCUCCCCGUCGGACACCGGCGACAGCGCGGCUAUGCGCCGGGCGCACGGGCUGAGCUCCGUGGCAAGGCGCAUGGACCGGCUGGAGAUCAGGUCGCCGGCCGUCGAGACGCACGCCGCGCAGGCCCAACUUGAGAUCAUGGCCGAUUCGACCGGCGACAACCCUGGCCAUGGCCAUUCCAUUCCCGAGGCGACGACGUCUCUCGGAGGCAGUGACGGAACGCCGAGCCGACCCCGAAUCAGUUCGCUGCCUGCCCACUACACCCCGGUGGGUAACUCGAACGUCGCGAGAAACGAGCGAUCGAGGUUGAGCGGGGCCGGUGGUUCCCCGACGGAGUGCUUCCGUGACUACCUGAGCGGCCUUCAUGGGAAGGAAGAGGAGGAGGACGACGAGGAGCUCCUCGGCGAGGCUAAGCACGAAGGAAAGGCGCCGAAGACCCCGUCUGCAGUCGCCACGCCCUCGGCGCCCGCGUCCCACAGCCCCCCGGGAGUCACCUGCACCCGGUCCACCGCGCUGGGCCUUCCCAGCCCCAUCCUUGCCGGUCUAUUCGGAGACGCCGACAACAGCCACGCCCUCCAAACCGACGCCAGCUUUACACCGCGGGCAGGCUCGGUCGCUUCUGGUGGCAGCAGUGGUGCCGCAGUCGACGGUGCCCCCGGCGGGAGCGGUGGCGCCAGUGGCGAGGGCGAAGCGGUUGGUGGCGAAGGGGGGGUCGGGGCUACGGGAAGGGGUGCGUCGCUGGCCCGGAAGGGAGCGAAGCUGGGGCUCGGGGCGAAGGCGAAGACUCUGCCAGCGCGCGGCACUCGAGCGUCUCCGGAGGGCGGGUUCUUGAUACGGAGGAAAACGCUCGGGAAUGCUCCCUCCUCCUCCUCCUUUGCCUCGUCGACUAGCUGGCCGAAGGCAUACGCGGGGCAGGGUCGAGAAGACGACACCGCUGCGGAGCCCCCGAAGUUAGAGCGCCUGAGCAGCGGCAGCCGCAGCAGCAGCCUGUACCUGAGCUGCCUUAGCUCCGGAGAAGCGGUCCAGUCUCCUGGUGAAGGACAACAAGCGGAAGUUGCCCCGCAUCAGCAACAGAGGAGCAUUUCGAGCCCUCUGUCCGUGCCCCUGAUGGUGAAGGAGUUCGACACGCCCUCGGCAUCGGGAAGCUCUGCUUGUGUUCAACGGGCGAGAGCAGCGGCCGCCUACAACGAAGGAGCCGCAGGUGUGUCCGGUACCGACAAGCAGGGACUGGACGCGACGGAUUCCCGGUCAACGACUGACCCGACUUCUGCUGGCAGAGAUAAAGACAGAGAUAGAGAUAGCCGCUAUCGCUCUCCCGCUCUUGGUGCCCCAGCCGCCGCUUCUUCCGGGAUGUCGGACCGAGGAGGCAACCGUCGCACGUCCACGGAAUCUGUUGGGGCCACCACCUCACGGACGCAGUUCGAAACCCCUCAGCCGGAGACGAAGCUCAAGUGGGGCAGCCAGCCCCAGUACGGUGACUGGGGCAUCAGUCAGCGGGCAUCCGCCGGCAGCUUGCGGCACCUGGCCGGGCGUCUCCGAGCGUUCGUGGACAGAGCUACAGGAAGGCGUGCCAGCGGAGGACGGGACUCGGACGGCGGCGGCGGCGGCGGUGACUUGCCGAUGUCGAUGGCGUCUCCCGUCAUGCACGGCUCCGCCUCCACCGCGGAGACACCUCUCGAGGGCGUCACCACGCCCCUGCCGGAUCUCCCGGAUCUCCCACUCCUCCCACCCCCUCAAGCGACCCCGGGGUCUUCAAAAGGCGGCGGCGCCGGUGAUUCGGGGUCCCUCCUCGCUUACGGUAACUCUCUCGGAGCCGUUUCGGAACGCGAAGGAGGAAGGAGCGGUGCUGGUGUCAAGGGCGGUGAGACGGAAGACGGUGAUGGUGACGGUGAUGGGUACUUUGGUGGUAUUGCCGGGAGCGAGGGCUUGGAGGAGACGGACGUGUGUGCGGAGGAGAGGGAGGGACUGGGGGCUGCGGAGAUGCAAGCGUUGUGGGACCCUUCGGUGUUCGGUGACGACGGAUUGCGACGGCGAGACGGCUCGGUCGGGGUCGGGAGAGGCAGGCGAGGCCGGGAUCGCCUCAGCAGCCUCAUGAUGACCGAGGGGCAGCGGGAGAAACAGCGGCGGCGGCAGUCCAAGGCAAAGCGGCGGAGGGUUUCCAUCAGCAUCAAGUCGCGGAGGACAAGCAGCAGCGUGGGGCUAACCUCUCGCCUGGCGGGGCUUUCUCUUCUGGAGGUGGCAGAGGCGUCCAGCCCUGGCCCCGGCAAGAUGGAGCCGCGGUCUCGUCUGUCUCCCUAUCCCAAGGCUGCCGCGUUUGCCGGUGGCGCCAUCUCCGAGGGGGAAGAGGAGGACGAGGACGAUGAGCAACGAGAGGAGGAGGACAAGGAUUCAAGCAUGCUCCAGGCCGUACCGACACCCAAACCCACCCAAGGCCAAAGGAGUUGGUCAUCUCAAGGUCUAGCCAGUCCCAUGUCGGUGGAAAGGCCCGCGUGGCCAAACCAAGAGAGAGACAGAGACCGACCGCGGGAAGACGGCAGAGCAGAAACGCCUGCAAAGGUUCGGGAAGACCUGGAGAAAUCGCUGACGGAACUUAACAACCUCUCCUUGUCCAUCUGCAACAGCGAGGAAAACGACUCGCCUGCCAAGCACGAGCGGCAGCAGCAGCAGCAGCAGCGGCCCUCCAAGACCGACGACACGAGCUACGAUUCCGGCAGCGCGGGCGCCGAUAUCCUCGCCGGCCUCGACUCAUCGUCCUCGUCGCCGGUGGCCAUCGCUACGACCAAGGCCUCCUCGUUGCCCACCCUCGGCCUUGACUGCGGCGGCGUCGCCGAUACCGUCCUAAGAAUCGGUGAUACCACGGGGCCCCCCGCGGUGGUAUCGACCGAGAGCGCUUUGGAGGCGUUACGGCGACCCGGGGUGAUGGCGAAGGCCCUCCGCAUGCUCUCCGUCGACGAGCUUCUCGGCGACGUGCCGCUCGUUUGCGCCGCCUGGAGAAAGGCUUCCGUGUACGCCUUUGCUGAGGUUGCCUCGGACAUGACGGCUGGCGCCGAGGAUAAGGGCCGGGCGGCGGGCGGCGGGAGGGCGCUGAGGGGAAGAAGAGCGGGGAAGGUUAAGGCGCCUGCGCCGGUUGCUUCGCGUAGCGUGUGGUCCGAGGAAAAGCUGGUGGGGACGUUUCCCUGGGGGGGGUUCCUAUCCGAAGGGGCUUGCAAGCAGGUGCACAAGGUGUGGAACGCCGCCACCGGGCAGAUGGAGGCCCUGAGCGUGAUGGACCGGAAAGAGCUGGAGGAAGACGAGGAAGUGGUGUCCCGAGAAGUGAGGGUGAGCAUACUGGCUUCGUCCUUGGUGCAGCGGCGAAUCUCCCCCAACUUCGUGCAGACCUUCGGCCUCUUCCGCAGCACCGUGCCUCUCCACCCCGAGCUGUUCGGCACGAAGGAAGAGAAGUAUCCUUGCGGGCGAAGUCCGGGGAUAAUCCGCCAUCGCCCCCGGGUUCCCAAUCCCUCGGUUGGGGGAGUGUCGCAAGGGCGAGGGGUUGGCCGCUCUAACCCCCACGCGUCUGCCAGCAGUGGUAGCGACCUUCGAUAUCAGUACAUCGGCAUGGAGCUCUGCGAGCACGGGGACGCCGAGGUGUUCAUCAAGACACAACGCGACGGCCUCCUGCCCACCGUUGAGGCACAGGGUUUCCUCUUCCAGAUGGCGUUCGCCCUCUACGCCGGCCGGGCGGAGCUGAGCCUGCGGCACUUCGACGUGAAGCUUCUCAACUUUUUCGUUUCGGAUGCUUCGCGGCUAGUCGGCGGCGGCGGCCAAUGCGGUGGGGGCGGGGGUGACGUGGAAGAAGGGGGCCCCGUGACCCUGCGAUACGGGGUGGGGGGUGACGUGGUGGAGCUGUGCCUGCCUCAAGACCGGGCGUACCUGGUAAAGCUUGCGGACUUCGGUACGGCGGAUGUGGACCCUCUCACGGUAGGAAACCCUGUGGAGGCGUGUCACUUCUCCACACUAGAGAACACACCCAUCGAGCAGCUGUGCUGCGGCAACAAGGCCGUGCAGGGGUAUGCUAGCGACACCUUCGCGCUGGCCCUGGCGGCGUUCCACCUCUUCACGGGAGAGGCGCCUUACGAAGAGAUCAUGGAAGAGGUGGAAUGCCCCGAUGAGCUCUACGACGCCCUCGUGCAGACGUGGGAUCAGAACCCGCAGUACGUGGAUGUGUGUGACAUCAUUAUCAACGAUGGGAGCGACGAAGAGGAGGAUGAUGACGUCGGUGAUGACGAUGACACACAAGACCCAACCUUGCUGCAUACCUUCUACAGGUACUUGGUGCUGUUUGGUGUGCCGGAUCGUGAUCGCUUGGAGGAAGCGUACGGCACGGACAACCCUGUCUGGAAGGCUGUCGGUCCUCUUCUUGGAUGGAAACAGCCGAGAAGGGGGCGCGGUGGGAGAGCGACGGCGGCCUCCGCAACAGCGUCGAAGAAGUUCUGCCGGCAGCUGGACCGCGACCGU